AUGGAGGAGGAGGAGGAAGAGUUACUCCAUCUUCCUGUCCACCGUCACCCUUUGACACCUUGGGACAUGUCCGGUAGCCGCUGCAGUAUGUGCUUUCGUACAGAAGAUUCUUCCAGCAUAAUCGAAGGUUACUUGUGCAGAACUUGCUUCCCUGGCUUCCACAAGGAUUGUGCUGAAUCGCCAUUAAAGCUCCCUCACCCUCCUCACCCUCCUCACUCUCUUUCUCUCCGUCCCCCUGCCGACACUGAAGCUUCUUCAGAGACAUGCAGCUGCUGCGGAGAACGACUCGGAGGAGGAUGGGUUUAUCACUGUCCUAUCUGCAGAUUCAUCAUUCAUCUCCGUUGCGCCAAGAAGCCGCCGGUUCUUGAGGUGGAUCAUCCCAAGAGCCAUGACCACAAACUCAUCCUCCUCCCUAAACCACGUCCCUUCACAUGUGAUGCUUGUGGUCUACAGCUCGACGGCCCUUCUCUUCCUUGGGGUUGUCACCAGUGCGGUGCCAUGCUCCACAGGGAGUGCAUGGAUUUACCACGUGUCAUCAGGAUCUCUCGCCACCCACAACAUCGUCUCUGUUACGUUUCCUCUCCUACACCUCCUCUAACUCAUGAAUCAUCAUGGUCCUGCCGAGUUUUUCCCAAAGUCGGCCACAACCAAUACGGUGCAUAUUUUUGCAUCAAAGACGAAUGUCGUUAUUAUAUUGUUCACUCAAAGUGUGCAACGAGAGAAGAUGUGUGGGACGGGAGAGACUUCGAGGGAGAGCUCGAAGAACCCGAAGACAUCGAGCCGCCAUUCGAGGUCAUAAAUGACAAAGUGAUACGCCAUUUUAGUCAUGAACAUCUCAAACUACUGAACAAGGAUGAUGAUGAUGGUGGUGUAAGUGUAAGCUUUGAUGGAAGCGAGCACUGUGGAAUAUGCGCUCUUCCCAUUCAUAUUAACAUCGGAAAUAUCUACAUCUGCAUGCAGUGCGAUUGCGAUUUCAUUCUCCACGAAAAAUGUGUUAACCUACCGAGAAAAACAUGGUAUAUGUUACAUCCCCAUCGUCUCAAGUUACAGGCCCGCGGAAAAGAACUUAAGAUGUGCGACGUUUGUGCUCGGGAUUAUUAUGGCUUCACGUAUAGAUGUUGCAACGAGGAUUGUCCGUUCAAAGUAGAUGUGAAUUCCGCGUCAGUGUAUGAACCCUUUAUCCAUAUAACUCACCCACAUCCGUUGUUCCCAACGUCGAAUUUGAUCGACAGCCACACAUGUUCAGGGUGCAAGGAACGAGAAAGUUAUAAUCGUAAGACGAUGCAAUGCAUCGAAUGCGACUUUAACUUACGUUUCGAGUGCAUAACUCUACCGUCUAAGGUCAGUUACAAGCAAGACAGACAUCCUCUAGUUCUUGGCGGCGGCGGAGGAGAAGAAGAGGCUGCCACAGGAGGAGGAAGCUGGUGGUGCGAGAUCUCUGAGUUGAAAAUGGAACCAGACAAAGAGAUGUACUAUACGUCUGAUAGUUGUUGUGUCACUGUCCAUGUCCAUUGCGUCCUCGGACGGGAUCCACUCAUGAAGCCCGGUCGUUAUGCCGACCCAUGGGAACAAGCGUUUGAAGUUACGACCAACAACAGUUGUUGCCGGCCCAUAUGCCAAAUUUGUCGGAGGCGCUGCCCAUUCCCCAUUGUCUUCAAGCAAAAUGAUCUUCUUUUCUGUACUUUAAAUUGUCUAUGCAUUUCAUAG